GAGCAUCUGUCAGUAGGAGGGUUCCCCUGGUGGCUGAGAUGCUUCAUCAUCAACUGUAUCCUCUUCCUCCUCCUCUUCUUCCUCACAACUCCCGCCAUCAUCAUCUCCACCAUGGACAAGUUCAACGUCACCAAGCCUGUCGAGUACCUCAACGUGAGUCACCUUUUCACUCACUUAGUGAAGCUCAGGAGGUCGACUGUCAGUGUGCGUCCCAAAUGGCACCCUAUUCCCUAUAUAGUGCACUACUUUAGACCAGAGAAUGGCACCCUAUUCCCUAUAUAGUGCACUACUUUAGACCAGAGAAUGGCACCCUAUUCCCUAUAUAGUGCACUACUUUAGACCAGAGAAUGGCACCCUAUUCCCUAUAUAGUGCACUACUUUAGACCAGAGAAUGGCACCCUAUUCCCUAUAUAGUGCGCUACUUUAGACCAGAGAAUGGCACCCUAUUCCCUAUAUAGUGCACUACUUUAGACCAGAGAAUGGCACCCUAUUCCCUAUAUAGUGCGCUACAUAUAUAUAUAUACACACACUAUAAGGAAUAGGUGUGCCAUGUAUAUAUGAUAAGGAAUAGUUGCUACUUUGGGACGCGGAUGUUACAGUUAGCCGUCUUUCAGGCCAGGACUGCUGCUGUACUGCAGGCCUGGUUACUGUCUGGCCUGGUACUGUCUGGCCUGGGUACUGUCUGGCCUGGUACUGUCUGGCCUGGGUACUGUCUGGCCUGGGUACUGUCUGGCCUGGGUACUGUCUGGCCUGGGUACUGUCUGGCCUGGGUACUGUCUGGCCUGGGUACUGUCUGGCCUGGUACUGUCUGGCCUGUUUACACGUCUGCCAGGUACUGCUGGCUGGUACUGUGGCUGGGAACUUCAUGGCCUGGGUACUGUCUGGCUGGGUACUGUCUGGCCUGGGUACUGUCUGGCCUGGGUACUGUCUGUACUGUCUGGCCUGGGUACCUGGUACUGGGCCUGGUACUGUCUGGCCUGGGUACUCUGGCCGUUACUGUCUGGCCGUUAACACACCAGAACUGCUGUAACUGUGCUGGAAAUAUCAGAACCAGCAGAGUACGGUUUGGUUGACACAGUAGUGUGAAAAGGGCAUUCAUCUGUGUACUUUUCCUAACCUUAACUGGGUAACCUUUAUCUGCAAUUUCCCCAAAAAGCGAGAUAACUCAACACGAUCGAGAAGAGAUCUGACCAUAGAGCUUCGCAGUCAAGACCUCUACACUCCUAACCACAUGAUCCGCACCGAAUCAGUCAUCCUCGCGACAGCAGAUCCGUACCCGCGAUAGAACGCCGAGUCUCGACACUCAAGCUACCUCUCCCAUGCAACGCAGAUCGACACCUACAAUCUCCUAGUCUCCUACUGUACCUGCACCUACGUCUCGCUCCAUGCCUCUCAGCUGACUCUCCUGCACUCAUAUUCCGUCUCUCUUACAUCUCCUCCUGUUCUCCUCACUCUCCUCAUCUUUCUCUUCCUCUCCUCUUCUACUCUCCUCCUCUUCCUCUCCUCCUGCUCUCGUCUCCUCCUCCUCCUCUUCUUCCUCUCCUCCUCCUCUCUUACUCGUACGCUCUAAAUCCUCCUAUCCUCCUCCAUCUCUUCCCCCCCUCUUCCUCUCCACCUCCUCUUCCUCUCCUCCUCCAGAACCCCAUCGUGACUCAGUUCUUCCCCACCCUGCUGCUGUGGGCCUUCUCUGCCCUCCUACCCACCAUCGUGUACUACUCUGCCUUCUUUGAGGCCCACUGGACACGGUACCACACACACACACACAUUAAUGUUGAUCUUUCUGACUGUGUAUCUAACACGUCUGGUCCCAGGUUGUGUGUCAGUAUGUAGGAGUUGGCAAAACCACAAACAGAUCUGGGACCUGGCUAACCUGGUAGAGCCAUACAGAGAGCUCUUGUAUUCUGUAUUUCUCAAUGUAAUGUUGAUCGUUUGACUUUCCAUUUAUUCUAAUAGGUCUGGAGAGAACAGGACCACCAUGCAUAAAUGCUACACCUUUCUGAUCUUCAUGGUCUUACUACUGCCCUCUCUAGGACUCAGCAGGUACUACAUGUCUUCAUUAAUAAUAAUAAUAAUAUAUAGCACAGGUCCUCAACUGGCAGCUUCAUUAAAUAGUACCCGCAGGUACUACAUAUCUUCAUUGAUAAUAUAUAGCACAGGUCCUCAACUGGCAGCUUCAUUAAAUAGUACCCGCAGGUACUACAUGUCUUCAUUAAUAAUAAUAAUAAUAUAUAGCACAGGUCCUCAACUGGCAGCUUCAUUAAAUAGUACCCGCAGGUACUACAUAUCUUCAUUAAUAGUAUAUAGCACAGGUCCUCAACUGGCAGCUUCAUUAAAUAGUACCCGCAGGUACUACAUGUCUUCAUUAAUAAUAUAUAGCACAGGUCUUCAACUGGCAGCUUAAUUAAAUAGUACCCGCAGGUACUACAUGUCUUCAUUAAUAAUAAUAAUAAUAUAUAGCACAGGUCUUCAACUGGCAGCUUCAUUAAAUAGUACCCACAGGCACUACAUGUCUUCAUUAUUGUUGACGAAAUCAACUUGAUUGGAGGUACACAACACACUCUCAGCCUCUCGUCAGGCCCUUACAGAGAACAACUAUACCGGAUUUUGGACAGGGUCAUUAGCAUUAGAGUCAUCAGACAAGUUUUUGCCCAAAUCUAACUCAAAUUCUAGACGUCGUAUUAAAACGAGGCUACAGAGUCCAUAAUGUGACCAUUAGAUUUAGAUCCAUUUGAACUGAAUAAGUUUGUAGGUGCAACAGUUUUUAUUAAAUGUAUAAUUUAUUGCUAGCACAUGCACAUUUCCGUCCAUUAAGAACCAACAAUGUGCUACCUAUUUUGUAGCAUUUCUGACAAUGCUAACAUCUUUUCAACUGAAUUUUCAGAGUUAUAAAACCUACUGUGUGUCUUGCGAUUUCUGCAUCUACACCCCCUCGAGCAUCCCAUUGGUUCCUGCAUAAACACCCCCCCCCCCCCCCCCCCCCCCCUUCCCCAGUCUACCGGUGUUCUAGCUAGAUGGCUACCAGUGUCGCCCCUGCCUCCUGCCUGCUGUGUACCAAGAGUGUGCAAAGCUGUCAUCAAGGCAAAGGAUGGCUACUUUGAAGAAUAUAUUUUGAUUUGUUUAACACUUUUUGGGUUAAUACAUGAUUCCAUAUGUGUUAUUUCAUAGUUUUGAUGUCUUCACUAUUAUUCUACAUUGUAGAAAAUAGUAAAAAAUAAAGAAAAACCCUGGAAUGAGUAGGUGUGUCCAAACUUUUGACUGGUACUGAUGAUCUGAUAACAUAUAUAUAUAUAUAUCUAGUACACUAUACAGUGGGGGAAAAAAGUAUUUAGUCAGCCACCAAUUGUGCAAGUUCUCCCACUUAAAAAGAUGAGAGAGGCCUGUAAUUUUCAUCAUAGGUACACGUCAACUAUGACAGACAAAUUGAGAUUUUUUUUCUCCAGAAUAUCACAUUGUAGGAUUUUUAAUGAAUUUAUUUGCAAAUUAUGGUGGAAAAUAAGUAUUUGGUCACCUACAAACAAGCAAGAUUUCUGGCUCUCACAGACCUGUAACUUCUUCUUUAAGAGGCUCCUCUGUCCUCCACUCGUUACCUGUAUUAAUGGCACCUGUUUGAACUUGUUAUCAGUAUAAAAGACACCUGUCCACAACCUCAAACAGUCACCCUCCAAACUCCACUAUGGCCAAGACCAAAGAGCUGUCAAAGGACACCAGAAACAAAAUUGUAGACCUGCACCAGGCUGGGAAGACUGAAUCUGCAAUAGGUAAGCAGCUUGGUUUGAAGAAAUCAACUGUGGGAGCAAUUAUUAGGAAAUGGAAGACAUACAAGACCACUAAUAAUCUCCCUCGAUCUGGGGCGCCACGCAAGAUCUCACCCCGUGGGGUCAAAAUGAUCACAAGAACGGUGAGCAAAAAUCCCAGAACCACACGGAGGGACCUAGUGAAUGACCUGCAGAGAGCUGGGACCAAAGUAACAAAGCCUACCAUCAGUAACACACUACGCCGCCAGGGACUCAAAUCCUGCAGUGCCAGAUGUGUCCCCCUGCUUAAGCCAGUACAUGUCCAGGCCCGUCUGAAGUUUGCUAGAGUGCAUUUGGAUGAUCCAGAAGAGGAUUGGGAGAAUGUCAUAUGGUCAGAUGAAACCAAAAUAGAACUUUUUGGUAAAAACUCAACUCGUCGUGUUUGGAGGACAAAGAAUGCUGAGUUGCAUCCAAAGAACACCAUACCUACUGUGAAGCAUGGGGGUGGAAACAUCAUGCUUUGGGGCUGUUUUUCUGCAAAGGGACCAGGACGACUGAUCCGUGUAAAGGAAAGAAUGAAUGGGGCCAUGUUUCGUGAGAUUUUGAGUGAAAACCUCCUUCCAUCAGCAAGGGCAUUGAAGAUGAAACGUGGCUGGGUCUUUCAGCAUGACAAUGAUCCCAAACACACCGCCCGGGCAACGAAGGAGUGGCUUCGUAAGAAGCAUUUCAAAGUCCUGGAGUGGCCUAGCCAGUCUCCAGAUCUCAACCCCAUAGAAAAUCUUUGGAGGGAGUUGAAAGUCUGUGUUGCCCAGCGACAGCCCCAAAACAUCACUGCUCUAGAGGAGAUCUGCAUGGAGGAAUGGGCCAAAAUACCAGCAACAGUGUGUGAAAACCUUGUGAAGACUUACAGAAAAUGUUUGACCUGUAUAAUUGCCAACAAAGGGUAUAUAACAAACUAUUGAGAAACUUUUGUUAUUGACCAAAUACUUAUUUUCCACCAUAAUUUGCAAAUAAAUUCAUUAAAAAUCCUACAAUGUGAUUUUCUGCAAAUUUUUUUCUCAUUUUGUAUGUCAUAGUUGACGUGUACCUAUGAUGAAAAUUACAGGCCUCUCUCAUCUUUUUAAGUGGGAGAACUUGCACAAUUGGUGGCUGACUAAAUACUUUUUUCCCCCACUGUAUAAGGAAUAAUCAUAAUAUAUAUAUAUAUAUAUAUGUUAUCAGAUCUUCAGUACCAGUCAAAAGUUUGGACACACCUACUCAUUCCAGGGUUUUUCUUUAUUUUUACUAUUUUCUACAUUGUAGAAUAAUAGUGAAGACAUCAUAACUAUGAAAUAACACAUAUGGAAUCAUGUAGUAACCCCAUAUUUGUUUUGGCACAAAACUACCUCCAUACUUCCAUUCGUUUGUAUGGGUUACCUUCAGACGAGUCUCUCUCUCCCAUUUCCAUAGAGGGGUCAUAAUAGUUUGUAGGCCAAACCGUUCGGGCGCUACAGAUGUUUUCGUGAGAAGACCGUUUUUCAGGAUGUCUCAUGGUCUGACAAACACCGCUGCAGCUUGGCCACCUUCCACCGCAGAUGCUGAAGGCUGACAUAUAAGGAUCCUGUGGAUUGAGAUGCAGCACAUGCAAAAAACGGAUAUCUAUAGCUUAAACUGACAUUUUUUUAAAUGAGUUUACUUAGAUUGAUGCACGGGUGGACUGGAGUGAUCAACUCUCAACGAAAACGUCAUUGCUCAUGCACUCCACCCCUACGGUACAACCCUACGGUACAUUCCCUGAAAUCCGAACACCAGCUGAUUGAUGGAGCACCAGGCCCUCUAUGCACUGUUUUUUAUUUUCUGGUCCCAUCCAGCUCCUCCGCUACACAAUAUCAGAGAAGACCAACGUUGUCCCGGGAAACAUUUGGAUGACCACGUCUAAGUCUGCGCAUCGGCACUGGUGCGGUAGAUGCGCAGACUUAGACGUGGUCAUCCAAAUGUUUCCCGGGACAACGUUGGUCUUCUCUGAUAUUGUGUAGCGGAGGAGCUGGAUGGGACCAGAAAAUAAAAACAGUGCAUAGAGGGCCUGGUGCUCCAUCAAUCAGCUGGUGUUCGGAUUUCAGGGAAUGUACCGUAGGGUUGUACCGUAGGGGUGGAAUGCACUAAGCUACCUGCCGCCAUCAGACCAUCAGGAAGACUGUUAUGCUUGAUUGAGCUGUUUUGUCUUGUAGUAAUGUGCUGCCUGCCUUUAUUUUAUGCAACCUUUUUAUUUAGCAAAACAUGCCAUUGAGAAAAAAAUAUUUUUCAUAAAAUAUUGGGAUACAAGUCGUUUCCUCCGAGGUGGAUGACUCGGAUGUCAGGGAGAGUAGUAGAACAGAACACAGAGCAGGUUGUGCCACUUCAUACCUGGCGGCAGGUAGCUUAGUGGUUAAGAGCGUUGUGCCAGUAACCGAAAGGUCGCUGGUUCUAAUCCCCGAGCCGACUAGGUGACAAAUCUGUCUGUGCCCUUAAGCAAGGCACUUAACCCUAAGUCGCUCUGGAUAAGAGCGUCUGCUAAAUGACUUAAAUGUAAAUGUAAAUGUACCUUGCCCUUCAAGCCACCUAAUGUGACAGUCAAUGUAUGUAAAUAGUUAAUGGCUACAUGUUGAUUAUUGGUGUGUUAUCCAGGAGCCUGCUUGAUUUGUCUUGUUAAAAGAGAUCAGGGAAAUGUUUUGCCCGUUUACUCCAAAUUGGCUUAAAUGGGUUCCUGUUUUUUCACUUCCCUCUGGAAUAUCAGUUGUUUAAAGUGUAACUUGUUUUUUGGUUAUUUGUAAACUCAGGUUCCCUUUGUCUAUUAGUAGGUUUUGGUUGAAGACCUGAUAACAUUCAGUAUAAAACAAUAUGCAAAAUGGAUCAUCAGAAAGGGGGCAAAUACUUUUUCACAGCACGGUAUAUGACUGUGUCCAACACACCACCUGGUGUUUUGGUACCUAAUGACCCCAAAAAAUAUUUUAUGAAAAAUAUUUUUUUCUCAAUGGCAUGUUUUGCUAAAUAAAAAGGUUGCAUAAAAUAAAGGCAGGCAGCACAUUACUACAAGACAAAACAGCUCAAUCAAGCAUAACAGUCUUCCUGAUGGUCUGAUGGCGGCAGGUAGCUUAGUGGGUAAGAGCGUUGUGCCAGUAACCGAAAGGUCGCUGGUUCUAAUCCCCCGAGCCGACUAGGUGAAAAAUCUGUCGAUGUGCCCUUGAGCAAGGCACUUAACCCUAAUUGCUCCUGUAAGUCGCUCUGGAUAAGAGCGUCUGAUAAAUCACUAAAAUGUAAAUGGUCUAAGUACAAAAGCUUGUACUGUGAAGAAUCCAAUACUUUAACUUGUAUGUGGUAUAAUUCAGCAAUAAGACCCUAUGGGGUGUGGCAUAAUUCAGCAAUAAGACCCGAGGGGGUGUGGCAUAAUUCAGCAAUAAGACCCGAGGGGGUGUGGCAUAAUUCAGCAAUAAGACCCGAGGGGGUGUGGCAUAAUUCAGCAAUAAGACCCGAGGGGGUGUGGCAUAAUUCAGCAAUAAGACCCGAGGGGGUGUGGCAUAAUUCAGCAAUAAGACCCGAGGGGGUGUGGCAUAAUUCAGCAAUAAGACCUGAUGGGGUGUGGUAUAUGGCCAUUAUACCACGGCUAAUGGCUGUUCUUAUCACGACGCAACACGGAGUGCCUGGAUACAGCCCUUAGCCGUGAUAUAUUGGCAAUAUACCACAAACUCCGUAGGUGCCUUAUUGCUUAUUCAAACCCACGAUCCUGGCGUUGCAUCGCCAUGCUCUACAGAGGACCACUUAGCCAGUCAACACUUUUACCUACUGUAUACUGUUCAUUCACUACAGGGCUAGUGAUACAGUUUCCCGGACUAGAAUGUACUUUCUAUGGAGUCCAGUAAGAAGUCAGAACAGCCCAUAGGACGCUGGGCUAUCGCAGGGGACGCGUCCCAUUUUUUGAGACUUUGGUAUGACUCUGCCGGGGAUCGAACUCCCAACCUUUUGAGUUGGUCUCAAUGGAGUCCGGCACUAGCCUUAAUCUGGGUGCAGGAAACUGUCCCUUUUAUGAUCCCAUUCUCAGUCAUGGAGUCUCUAAUCCAAUCAUCAACCACCUCUUCUAUCACUCUGAGAACUCAACUGUUUCCUUCUUCAUUCCAGUCUGGACGUUUUCUUCCGAUGGCUAUUUGACAAGCGCUUCCUGGAUGAUGCUGCUGUGAGGUUUGAGUAAGUAGCAGUUCCUAGUUCCUCUCUUAAGUUUCUUCCUAGGUUCCUUCAUCUAGGGAGUUUUUCCUAGCCACCGUGCUUCUACAUCUGCAUUGCUUGCUGUUUUGGGGUUUUAGGCUGACUUUUAGUAAAGCAAUUUGACAACUGCUGAUGUAAAAAGGGCUUUAUAAAAUACAUUUGAUUUGAACACAGUCACUCACAAGACAUUCCUUUGGAUGAAUGAGACCUGCCUGUCAGUCUCUGUAUGAUAUUUUCAACAUGGACAUCUUUAUGGUAUAGGUAUGCCCUUACUAUGCUCCUCAGCAGCAGUAACUCAAACCUUUGUGGUUUGGGUCUGGUGGGACUCUCUAUCUAUCUCUCUCUGUCUCUCUCUCUCUCUAUCUAUCUCUCAUCUCUGUCUCUCUCUUUGUCUCUCUCUCUGUCUGUAGGUCUGUCAUGUCUCUAUGUCUCUGUCUCUCCGUCUCUUCUGUCUCCUGUCUCUCUCUGUCUCUUCUGUCUCUCUCUGUAGCUAUCUCUAUCUCUCUCUUCUCUCCUCCAUCUGUAGAUCUCUGCUCUUCGCUCUGUCUCUCUCUGUCUCUCUCUCUCUGUCUCUCGUUUUCCUCUCCUAUCUCUCUCUGUCUCUUUCGUCUUCGUCUUCUCUUUUCUUCUUUUCUCUCUCUCUGUCUCUCUUCUCUCUCUCUCCUUCUCUUCUUUGUCUCUUCUCUCUCUUGUCUCUGUAUUUUUCCCCUCUCUCUGCCUAUCUCUUUUUCCCUCUGUCUCUCUCUCUAUCUCUUUUCCGUCUCUGUCUCUCUGUAUUUUCUCUCGUCUUAUCUCUCUCUCUUCUUCUGUCUUUUGUUCUCUUCCCCUCUCUCUAUUCCUCUCUUAUCCUUUCUCUCUAUCCUCUUCUCUCUUUCUCUACCCUCUAGUCUCUCUCUCUUGUCUCCUCUCUCUUCUCUCUGUCUCUCUUAUCUCGUCUUCGUCUCUUUCUUCUCUUCUCUCUCUUCUCUCUAUUCUCUUAUCUUCUCCUGUCUCUCUCUCUCUUCUGUUCUCUGUCUCUCUGCUCUCUGUCUCUCUCCCCUCUCUGUCUCUCUGUCUCUCGUUCUCUGUCUCUUUUCUCUCUGUCUCUCUCUUCUCUCUCUCUCUCUAUCUCUCUUCUCUCUCUCUCUGUCUCUCUCUGUCUCUCUCUGUCUCUCUGUCUCUCUCUCUCUCUCUGUCUCUCUGUCUCUCUGUCUCUCUGUCUCUUCUCUGUCUCUCUCUCUCUCUCUGUCUCUCUCUCUCUUUCUCUGUCUCUCUCUCUCUCUCUCUGUCUCUCUCUCUCUCUCUCUCUGUCUCUCUUCUCUCUCUCUCUCUGUCUCUGUCUCUGUCUCUGUCUCUCUCUCUCUCUCUCUCUCUCUGUCUCGGUGUCUCUCUCUGUCUCUCUGUCUGCUCUCAACCUUUGAACCUCUACCUUGUGCACUGUGGUCUCUGCUGGCCACGUUCUGGCUCAUAAUGUAAAGUUGUCAGUCUUAUCUUAGUGGUGCUUGUAACAGUUAUCUAUCUUUCAAUUAUCUCCAGUCAGAACAGCUUCCAUAUUCUCUGAUGUGUCUCUUAUGGAACUAGCUGUUCAUUGUUUAGGAUAGUAUUUUAGGAAGAGCUGAACCCCUUAGCAGCCUAUCCCCUACCCCCCAAUGCCUGGGGUAUUCAGUCAUUCCCUGAUUAGAGGGGUAGAAUUAAAACAAGCAGUGGAACUGGCUCCUAGGUCCAGGUUAGAGUCUGGUAGAGAGGGUUAUAUUGGCACUAUGGCAACAACUUCCACCUGGCCAGCGGGGUUAGAAUGAGUUACCACACCUGGCCAGCAGGAUUAGAAUGAGUUACCACACCUGGCCAGCAGGAUUAGAAUGAGUUACCACACCUGGCCAGCAGGAUUAGAAUGAGUUACCACACUGGCCAGCAGGAUUAGAAUGAGUUACCACACCUGGCCAGCAGGAUUAGAAUGAGUUACCACACCUGGCCAGCGGGGUUAGAAUGAGUUACCACACCUGGCCAGCAGGAUUAGAAUGAGUUACCACACCUGGCCAGCAGGAUUAGAAUGAGUUACCACACCUGGCCAGCAGGAUUAGAAUGAGUUACCACACCUGGCCAGCAGGAUUAGAAUGAGUUACCACACCUGGCCAGCAGGAUUAGAAUGAGUUACCACACCUAUUCAAUCGUCUCAGAUCCACAGUGAAUAGGGUCUGAGAUUCAGUGAGAGUAAUAUUCUUGUUGUGAUGUCAUUUCCUGUCUUCGCCCCACCUCAUAAUCUAACGUAGUGGUUCUUAUUUUAACCCUGCUUUCAGGUAACAAUUAGAACAGCAACCAUGUUCUCUCAUCGUAUUGUGUCCUUAUGGACCUGGCUGUCCUUUGGGUUUGGUUUCGUCCUUUAGGAGGGAGGUAGUCUCUAAUACCCCGUUUCACACUAUUGUGCCGACCCGAACCGUACUGGGCUGGCCUGGUUAUGCAUCCCACAUCGUUUCAGCAACCAUGCUGGAAAAGAUCAUGUGAAGAGAACAGAACAUAUCCAAUCCAGCGUACUAUGGUUCUGGUUGGCACGAUUAGUCUGAAAAAGGUAUGUUAUUGUCGUGAUAUCGUUUCCUGUCUUCCCCCAGGUGUGUGUUCCUGCCGGACAACGGGGCGUUCUUUGUGAACUAUGUCAUCGCGUCGGCGUUCAUCGGUAACGCCAUGGAUCUGCUGAGGAUCCCUGGUCUGCUCAUGUACAUGACCCGGCUGUGUCUGGCCCGCUCUGUUGCCGAGAGACGCAACGUCAAGAGGGUGAGUGUAGCGGAGCUCCACCUGGUGGUCAGGAAGACCUCAGUUAUCCAAUCCCAUAAACUACUUCACUACUAGGAUGUAUAUAGUUAUAUCAAAGAUGAUCUAUGGACUGACAAGAUAGUCAACUGACUGCUCUAACAAUGGGAAUAAAUGUCCACAAAGGCAGGUGGGAUCAGGCGGGAACAUUUUAACCAAUGAGAAGCCAGAUACGCGUGUGAACAACACAUCAACAUAACAUUGUUUUUUGUCAAAGUUGCCAGAAUGCCACAUUCCUCCACUUAUAUCAGUACAUUCGUAAUAACCUAAACAUCCCAAAACGUAUCUUCGAUCAAAUAAACAUCACGUUGCAAAUGUUAUGUUGACCAAAUUCGACACUCACUGACCUCGUACAUAAAAUCCACACUUCCACUGGUUAACGUUGUAUUUUCGUGUGGACAGAUUUUGAGGCGGAGUCAAGCCUUCUCCUCUUCCUCUCUGGUUAUAUGCUAGUGGGUCGAAGUCAAUUCCAUUUCAAACCAGUCAAUUCAGGAAGUAAACUGAAAUUCCAAUAAGGAAAGCAAUGAGGAAAAUGUAAGUUGGAAUUUAAAUGUACUUCCUGAAUUGACUGUGUUGAAAUAGAAUGAACCCCAACCCUGACAAGCUAUGCUUUUGUUGAACUUAAGCUUCCCUAAGGACAUAUGAUAAUAUCCUCUGUUACUAACUGUAAGUCGCUCUGGAUAAGAGCGUCUGCCUAAAUGACGUAAUGUAAAUGUUAAUAUGUGUAUCUUCUGCAGCACCAGGCCUUAUGAGUUCCACGUCUAUAUACUCUAUUUCUAUGUCUGCAGCACCACAGGCCUAUGAGUUUCCAGUUCUUAUAAACUCUAUUUCUAGUCUGCAUGCCCCAGGCCUAUGAUUCCAGGGCCCUAUGAGUUCCAGUUCUAUAACUCUAUUUCAUGCUCUGCAGCACCAGGCCUAUGAGUUCCAGUUCUAUAAACCCUAUUUCUAUGCUCUGCAGCACCAGGCCUAUGAGUUCCAGUUCUAUAACUCUAUUUAUAUGUCUGCAGCACCAGGCCUAUGAGUUCCAGUUCUAUAACCUAUUUCUAUGCUCUGCAGCACCAGGCCUAUGAGUUCCAGUUGGGAGAGCAAGCCUACGCCGGGAUGAUGUGUGUCUUCACUGUGGUCAUGACUACAGCAUCACCUGUCCAAUCAUUGUCCCCU